CAUGGCGCCGCCGCCGCCGCCGCCCUCCCGCUGAGCGGCGCUCGCGGCCCGGCCCGGCCCGGCCGGGGAGGCGGCCCCGGCCCCGCCUCUUCCCCCGCGGCCCAGCGGAACCGGGGAGGCGGCGGCGAUGAGCACCAAGCAGGUGACCUGCAGGUACUACCUGCAAGGAGUGUGCCGGGAGGGGAGCAAGUGCCUGUUCUCGCACGACCUGGCCACCAGCAAGUCAUCCACCAUCUGCAAGUACUACCAGAAGGGACAGUGUGCCUACGGAGCGCGCUGCAGAUAUGAUCACACCAGGCUUCCUGCGUCAGGGGGUGCAGCAGCUCCUGUGCCACCUCCCCUCACGUCGGGAGCGCUGCACAGCCCUCGCCAGCCUCCCGAGCACAACGCACCAGUAAUCAAGAGCAAGCUGCGUGAGACUGGCAAACGGGAAAAGAAAACACUAGUGCUCCGGGACAGAAAUCUGAGUGGCUUGAAUGAAGAAAAGCAGAAGCCCAGUGCCACAAGUGAUGUGGUGUGUUGCAGUGACAAAACUGAUAACGUGGAAAUGAAGCCCCAUUCGUAUCUGGAAGCUAUUUGCAGUGGACUGGAAGAUCCUGUGGCUGGAAGUUCCUGUGCUGAUGGAGAGCAGUGGUGUCCUUACGCUGCAGCAGGAGCAUGCCACUUUGGAGAUCGCUGCCUUUACCUGCACGGAGACGUGUGUGAGAUCUGUGGAUUGCAAGUACUUCACCCUUUUGACCAAGAACAGAGGAAGGCUCACGAGAUGAUGUGCAUGGCAACAUUCGAGCACGACAUGGAGAAGGCCUUUGCUUUUCAGGCAAGUCAGGACAAAGUGUGCAGUAUCUGCAUGGAAGUGGUAUAUGAAAAACCGUCAGCCUCUGAGAGGAGGUUUGGGAUCCUUUCCAACUGCAAUCACACGUACUGUUUGUCCUGCAUCCGGCAGUGGAGAUGUGCCAAGCAGUUCGAGAAUCCCAUCAUUAAGUCUUGUCCAGAGUGCCGUGUGAUAUCAGAGUUUGUCAUCCCUAGUGCAUACUGGGUAGAAGACCAGGAGAAGAAGAAUGAGCUGAUUGAAGCAUUUAAGCAGGGAGUGGGAAAAAAACCCUGCAAGUACUUUGAACAAGGGAAAGGAACUUGUCCAUUUGGAGGAAAGUGUCUUUACCUUCAUGCCUAUCCAGAUGGGACACGAGCUGAACCUGAAAAACCAAGGAAACAGCUCAGCUCUGAGGGGACCGUGCGGUUCUUCAAUUCUGUUCGUCUGUGGGACUUUAUUGAAGACAGAGAAAGUAGGACUGUGACCAGCACAGAUGAUCAAGUAACAGAACUUGGAGAACUUUUCAUGCACCUUUCUGGGGCUGAUGAGGAUUCUGCUACUUCUCAAUAAAGUCAACUAAAGGUGCACUCUUUGGUAGCAAUCCAGCUAUUUAUUUAGCGAUGGUUUUACUUAUUACAGCACAGUUAGAAUGAAUGUGCCCUGUGGUUUACUUGUGCAGUUCUGGUAAAGUUUUCAGAUAGUUUUUUGUAUGGCAACAGAAAAACUAAAAUAUAUUUAAAAAGUUAAACUGAUUGCACGGAAAAAAAUCCCUUAAUACCAAGAGGAUUCUCUUCCUCUUUGGCCUAACAUAUGCUGUCUUGUAAACUGAGUGGUAAUGUUAAAUAUGGCUCUUCUCUUGCCGUUUAAAGCAUAAGCUGUUAAAAACUGUUGCUAAAGCUGUUUAGGGUGCUUUUUUUUCCCUGCUAAAAAUGUGUAUCUACAAAAACCCACUAGGAAUUAUGAUGAGCGUAGCUUCUCCUUUCUUACAGAAGGGAUUUAAGAGCUAAUACAUUAUACCUCAAAGUACUUAGAAUUCAGAAAAAGCCUUCUGUAUUCUUACAGCGAGUGUUUCAGGAAUGGGGCCGAAGACCAUACAAGUUCGGUUCCUACCAUUGUUUUAAAAUAAUCAAGUGUAUAGUGGCAGGAAAUGCCUCCUGGAGCACCUGCUGGAAACAAAUACAAUUGUGCUAUAUCCAGGCAGAGAGCAGCAGUACUAGUACUGGAGUUACAAACAUACAGCUAAAUUAAUUUCGCAGCACAAACUGGAUAUUGCACACUGCAUAAUAAGUAGAUAACUUUCAGUAUUAAUUGCAACAGUAAUAUUUUUUUUCCAAAUGUAUUUAACUUGAAGGGAAAACCUUGAUUCAGGUUAAAUGAAGUAGCCAAAAUUAAAUGAGAUAACUAAAUAAUUUUGUUAUCAGUGAUCUUACAGUUCAUAUCUGUACAACAUUAAAUAAUUGUUUCUUUUGUGACUGAAAUUAGUUUUAACCACUACUUUUCUUAACUGUGGGGAGUAGACAUUUAGCCUUUUCCAUCUCCAUGUGUUUCUAGGAUUUGAGACACAUCCUUCUGAGUCACAGCCCCAUUUCCAUGUACCUCCUGUCCUCAGUUGCAGCUGGCAGAUGCUGUUACUGAAAGCACAGGGAGAAGCUCCAACAUUUACUACUUUUAAGUGUGGUGGUUCUUUAGGAGGACUGUCUCCAGCUGCUGAUUUGUCUUUUCUGAUUAAGGGCAACACUGAUAGAGGGCCGGAAAGUUAUGUAUUAAAACACAUCUCUUCUGAGCCACUUGAAUUGUUACUGAAUUGUUUUUUUCUUUAAAAAUUUAAUUCAUGUUUGAGUUGCAGAAGCUUUAUGAUUCACUUUAAGUUCUGGUUUUUUAAUUACACUUUGAGCAAAAGUAGUUUACAGUACGAUUGUGCAGUUUGUAAGAGGUUAUUUCUGCUAGGUCAUUUGUAUUAACUUUGCAGUUAAACUAAACUUUGGUCUGGACUAUCUUUUAAA